AUGUUGCGUGGACUGCGUCAUCCUGAAUGUCGUAUCAAAGCCAAACGGCCUUUAUCUUCUGAAUCUCUUCAUAAUUUGAACCGAAAAAACGACCAAUUUGUAAAGACGAGGUCAAACCACUUCUAUAAAGCUUGUUUUGACGAAGAGGUCAAAACAACCCAGGCCCGUGGGCUGCAGCUGAGUUUUACUGUGGCCGUGGAGCUCGAGUCCUGGUGCCUUGGCAGCACCGGUUCGAGUGCACAAAACAGGCUAUUUGUCGCUUACCUGUUAAGGCCAACUAGGCCCAGCCCCGUGCGCUUUAAAGUUGGUGAAUGGGGUUUUGCUGGUCCCAACUCGCUCUGCUCAACAGGCUUGUGUAGCAGCGUGAGUCGAGUUGGUGUUCGAGGGGGUGUCUUACCACCUGCCCUCGUAUCUCGACUGACUUAUACCACAACUUAUGUGGUCCAGGUGCAUGUGAACCCUUUCUUAGGCGUAGAGAUCUACGCGUUUGCAAUCAUAGUCCCGCCCCAGACUCGCAGUCUCAAUCACCCUCCAACUAUUCUUAGUCGAGUGAAACACAUUCACAUGCGACAAACGCGAAUACAGCCGCACAACCAGCAGAAGGAUGGAAAAGAGCAUUCCACUCCGGAUUUUGGACCGCGUGAAUGCGUUGUCGAGGUUUAUGAUUUGCAUACCGGCGAGGUCUCUUGUCGACUUGACAACAAUUCUAUUUCUUCCGGUCGCCCGAGGCCUGUGCUGCCCACCACCCUCAUUCUUUCCUGA